GAAGCGGGGCUGAUAUUUUCGCCUACUCCGUACUGUGGAAGCGUCUCUCAGCAAGCUCUGACAUUGAACCCCUGAUAACUCGAGUUCCCCAACUCUUGGCUAUCUUUUGGUGCGAGCACCUAGAAUCACCCCAAGAUGCCGCGCGACCCCUUAAUCGGCCUGGUCGGAAAGCCCAGCGCGGGCAAGUCCAGCACGCUCAACUCGCUCACGGACGCCUCUUCCAAAGUCGGAAACUUUCCAUUCACCACCAUCGACCCGCAGCGUGCGAUCGGCUACCUACAGAUCGACUGCGCCUGCGCGCGCUACGGCCUCAGCGACCGGUGCAAGCCCAACUACGGCGCAUGCGUCAACGGGCGGCGCAGCGUGCCGAUCGAGCUGCUGGACGUGGCCGGGCUCGUGCCGGGCGCGCACCAGGGCAAGGGGCUGGGCAACAAGUUCCUGGACGACCUGCGUCACGCGGACGCGCUGAUCCACGUGGUGGACGUGUCGGGCACGACCGACGCCGAGGGCAAGAACACGCGCGGCUACGACCCGAGCGUCGACAUCGCCUGGCUGCGGAGCGAGAUCGUCGCAUGGAUCCGCGGCAACCUGAUGGAGAAGUGGGGGUCCAUCAAGAGGAGGCAUGUUGCGGCCAAGGCGACCGCCGUCGAGACGCUGCAGAAUCAGUUCAGCGGGUACGGGAGUACGAGCGCGGUGGUCGCGAGGACGCUGGACAAGCUGGGGCUGAAGGAGCCGUUGGAGGAGUGGAGUGAGGAGACUAUCGACCGUGUGGUGAACGCGUUUACCGACGAAAAGUUCCCGACGGUGAUCGCGCUCAACAAGAUCGACCACCCGGACGCCGAUAAGAACAUCGCCAAGAUCGCCAAGAUGCAGGACCCGAACACGAUUGUACUCUGCUCCGCCAUCUCCGAGAUCUUCCUCCGGAAGAUGGCCAAGCAGGGGUACAUCCGCUAUACAGAAGGCAGCGAGUUUGUGGACACGCGGGAAGAUCUAAUAGCGGCCGGCGACCCUGACGGUGGCGGGCUGAAAGAGCUCGACGAGAAGAACCGGAACAGGAUAGAGAACCUCAAGGAUAUGGUUCUCUAUCGGUUUGGCUCGACAGGGGUGGUGCAGGUGCUCUCCAAGGCGGCUGAGAUGCUGGGCUUGGUGCCCGUGUUUCCGGUCAGGAAUACGACAACGUUCGGGUCAGGGGCGGGCGACUCAAAGUACGUGUUCCGGGACUGCGUCUUAGUGAAGAAGAACUCGACCGUGGCCGACGUGGCCAGGAAGGUUAUGGGCGAUGCGCCAAUUGCCUACAUAGAGGGGCCCGGUGGGAUACGAGUUGCAGAAGACCAGGUCGUGGCUGUCGGGAAGAAUGAUAUACUGUCCUUCAAAAUAGGGAAAUAGCACGGCCACUGCCAACCAGGGGUAACAAUAUCUUUGUGCUCGGCACAAGUGUUC